AUGUCUGUUUCACGCCGAACGAUUCCGAGGCGUGCUGUGUCUUCAGCAAAGACUUUUACACCGGAACAAUUUGUUAAUUUAAAUAUCAAAAUUAGCGAGCUUUACCCAUUUAUUGUUAAGCUUGCAAUUCUCAACUAUCGCACAGAGCCAAGAUUUUGGAGACCUAUUUCCCAAUCACAGUCCGAAAUAUCAUCAACUUCUCGAGGCCAUACACGAAGGGCUUCUAGCUCUACAAACUUAAGUGGAAUUUCAACUUUAACGGAGCUUUCUAAUUCCAAAGUCACACUUCCCAGAAAUAUUUGCGAACUUUUGGAUUCAAAACUUAAAGAGAUCGCUUUUAAUAAACGAGAAUAUGCGAAUGACGAAGUUGCUCGAAGAAUCUUUCUCUCUUUUUACGCUUCAUUUAAUGACGAAACUAAGCGCGAAAUCACUAAAUCUCGAAGAGUAGAAGAUCUCCUUAUGAAAUUCAUCAGUGUAUCACAGAAAGAAUUGAAAAAAACAGUUGAUUCCGGUACUCAUGUACCCAACAACGGCGAUCACUACAUUGGCUUAUUUUGUCAACUUUUGGUUCAAAUAUUAAAUUCAAAUGGGUAUAGUUCAUCUCAUGGUAGUCUUAUUUCUCUAUUGGAAAGAUAUAAAGUUUCUCUUUCACGAAACACAACACUUCGCCCUAAUGGACCUACUAACAACGGAAUUGGUUCUGAUUCUAAUGGACCUAAUAAUAUUAAUGAUGUCCCUAUAUUUCCCGCCCCUUCUUUUGAUAUAAAAGAUAUAUCUGUAGCUCCCAUUCUUAUGUCUUUAUUUGGAAAACAAGAAACCGAUCUUAUUAAUUCAAUUCACACAUUAAAGGCUGAAGCAACGCUGGAGACAGCUGUUGCAGAAAUCAGAGGCGCUAAAGAUAACCUUUUCAAAAAUAAUCCAUCUUUUACAUAUCAACGUUCUGACUUCGAUUCUAUCAGUGCCUAUGAAUCUUGGAAAACUAACGAACUUCAAGCUCUUGAUCAAAUGUUGGAUAAAUUUAUAACUAAGCAACCAUCUCUUUCCAGAAUUCCUCCUUCUCAUCCCGAUCAAAAUGGAAACCAGAUAUCUUACAAACUUACUCCUUCUGAUCCACGUUCAUAUUACAGGCUUUUAGUCGACUUGUGUUUUAAACGUGAUCGAUAUAUUACUAAGAAUACAUUGAUUUUAUCUAUGGAAUCUCAAGACUUGCUUACUAAAGCGGCAGCUUUUUGGAGAAUCUCACAAACAACUCGUGCUCGAAUAAUUCUUUUUGUUUCUUGCAUGAAUUACGAAAAUAACUUUUUUACAUUGGAUAAUCUUUGCAAUGAAGCAUUUCCUUUGACUGAAAAAAUGGAGUCUUCCCUCAUGAGCGACUGGACAAAAUAUGACAAAGAUUUUUCUUAUUUUACCAUGCAACAAUUACAAAACAAAAUUGUUGAAAUUCUAAUAGAAAAGUUAAGCUUUAUUUAUGAUACACCCAAACCUGAAAUCAACUUUCUUCUUCAAUUUAUUGAUAACUUCAUUACUCCAAAUUCUGAUUUUGAUGGUUAUCCACCCAUAGAGAUUACACCCGAACAGAUUCAAAAGGCUGAGAAUCAAGUCCAAGCAAUAGCUGAAAUAAAAUACAUUGAAGAAAUUGACAAGGUCCCUAGAGAUCAGAGUUUUGCUUAUUAUCAUUUGACUCAAGUGGCUGAUGUCAUAAUUUCUGGGGCUAAACUUCUUCAAAAACGUUACAAAACUCCCCUUUUUGGAAAUGUUAAUAUAUCAAGACUUGCUACUACCAUAACGCUCAAUUUUUUUCUUGAAGAUGCGAAGCCUAUGAUAUCACACAUUUUUAAGCUUCAAGAAACUGAUAAUCAAAAUCUCGCUUUUCAGGACUUGAUGAGCUUAUAUAUUAAAAUGGUAGAAAUUCGAUAUUUAUAUCAACAACUUAUAAAUAAUACCCCAUUUCCAUUUGAUAUUGAGUCAAAAUUUGAGCCUUAUGUUUUUCAACACGUUCAAUCUUCUGCAGAUGUUUUGGUACAAUGGGUCAAGCUGAAUUUUGAUAAAGACAAUUUUGAGCCACUAGAUGCCGCAAACGGAACUUUAACCAGCUCAUCGGUUUUAGACGUGUUUUCUUCUUUUAAUGGUGCAGUUAAAUUUGUCACUGACAUUAGAUGGAAUAACGACAUCCAGCUUGCUAGAUUUUACACUCGAAUAAUUAAAGGCGUUUCGGCUGGAAUUGUUUUAUAUACUGAACUAAUAUUCACUAGUUUUCAAAAAGAUUUGAUCACUGAAGACGACGCACUAGUCAAACAGCAUUAUAAGACACGACAAGAACAAUGGUUUGCUAAGGCACGAAAUGCAGUUAAUGGCACGGUGGAAGUAAAACCUUUUGAUUUUAAACAAGAAACUUGUAUUAAAUUAAACGACAUUGAACGGUCUAUCAAAGAACUUGAUGGAAUUGAAGCGGCAGUUGAUUCUGAACGACAAGCAGCGUUAUUAGCUAGAUUCAAUCGUCAAGAACCAGCUUCCAGAAACUUUUUUUUUUCUAUUAAAAUCUCUGAGGCAACCGGACUUAAGGCUUGUGAUACCAACGGAUUAAGUGAUCCAUAUGUGACGCUUAUCAUGGACCAAAAGCAAAUUGCCAAAACUCGUACCAUUUACGAAGAUUUGAACCCUGUUUGGAAUGAGACUUUUGAAUUUACGACCUCGCAUAGGAAAGAUUUGAUUUUAACUGUAUGGGAUGAAAACGCAAUAACCGAUCAUAGUCUUUGCGGAAGAGCGUCAAUUAGUCUCGAUCCUUCUGGAUUUAGAGAUUUCGAACCACAAGAAAUUUGGGUUAAUCUUAAACCUCAGGGGCAGAUUUUACUUAGUAUAUCAAUGGAAAGUGAACGAGAUGACAUCAGAUUUUAUUUUGGAAAAAGUUACAGAAAACUUAUGAGAGCUGAAACUGAUAUGAUCCGUGAAAUUGUCGACAAAUUUCAGUCAUUCAUUAAAUAUAUUCUUUCUCUAGAAAGGCUUCGUGGUUUAUCAAAUCCCCGGUUUAAAAUUGACUCUGUUACUAGCAUUUUCAAAGGCAAACCCAAACCGAAGCCUACAAAUGAUGAUGAAGUUGUGUCUAAUGCACUGGCUCCUCUUUAUGAGUUUCUUAAUAAAAACUUUGAAAUUCUCGCUAUUAAUCUAACACCCACAUUAAAAACAAAAGUUAUUAUCCAAACAUGGGAGAUUAUUUUGGAGACAUUAGAGCUUCUACUUUUGCCUUCUCUUUCUGAUAAAAAAACAUCGCAAACUGCUCUUAGUCAAACUGAAAAGUACAAUCUUUUAUUAUGGAGCAAUGAUCUUCUAAAGUUUUUCAAUCAUGAUGGGAACGGUAAUGGAAUUCCUAUUGAGCUUUUAAAAACUAGAAAAAGACAAGAGUUUUUAGCUGCAGCAACUAAUUUUUACGAUUGGAGCACGGCUGAUUUGAAAAGUGAGUGUGAAAAAAGAUCAUCUCAAAGUUAUCAAAACCUCAGAUCUAAGCGGUUAGGCCCUGAAAUUAUUCGUCGCAAUACAGUAAUGGCACACAGAAAUCGAAGGGCAUUGCAAGAAGCUCAAGCACGUUUUGCCGAAGCUGAGAGUCAGUCAACUAGCACAGAAAAUAUCAUUUUGAGGAUAUUAAGACUACGGGGCGAAUGUGAAUUUGUUGCUCGAAGAUUACAACAAAUCUCCAGUAUGUCUCGUACUUUCGCAACCGAAAGAAAUAUAAAUGGCACAAUGAACACACGAUGA